GAGAAGAAGGCCAUCCUUGAAUGGUCUAAGUCCAACACUGUCAUGGAAGAUAUCUUGUGUUGUUGCUUUUCACCUACUGUACUGUUCCUUAUACCUCAGGAAUGUUCCACUACUGCCCAUGAUGUUUGGAAGACCCUUCAUGACACCUUUGAUCAUGUUGAUGUUGGAUUGCAUCACCUUGUUCAUGCAAAGAUCUUGCAUCUGCAAAUGAAGGAUGCCAGCAAUGCAACCUGUUACUUGUCAGAACACUCUGCUGCACAUCAAGACCUCAUUUGCAUGAGGGUGCCCUACACUGAUGAAGAGGCCAUCUUUCACCUUAUAGAGGGUCUCCUGGAGACUGGU